UGAACCCUUUCAAAGAGGAUUAGUCUGGAAAGGUUGGGUGUCGGCCUGCUCAGAGGCAGAGGGAUGGACUGACCCAUGGCCCCUUUCCCUUGCUGGGAAUCCCAGCGCUGUGAAUUUUCAAGGCCUCCUUUAUCUUCCUUGAUUCAGAAUUAUCUAAGAUAUUUAACCAAUGGACAGCCUUCCAUUGAGCGAUUCCCCAUCAGCUUUAAAACCUACUUCUCAGGAAACUACUUUCAUCAUGUCGUGCUGGGGAUUUAUUGCAAUGGCCACUAUGGCUCGCUGGGCAUGAGCCGGAGGGCUGAGCUGAUGGACAAGCCGCUGACCUUUCGGACUCUGAGUGACCUUAUCUUUGACUUUGAAGACUCCUACAAGAAAUACCUGCACACAGUCAAGAAGGUCAAGAUUGGGCUGUACGUCCCCCAUGAGCCUCAUAGCUUCCAGCCCAUUGAGUGGAAGCAGCUGGUCCUGAAUGUCUCAAAGAUGUUGAGGGCUGACAUAAGGAAGGAGCUGGAGAAAUAUGCCAGGGACAUGAGAAUGAAGAUCCUGAAACCUGCAAGUGCCCACUCUCCAACCCAAGUGAGAAGCCGGGGAAAAUCCUUGUCCCCCCGAAGGAGACAGGCAAGCCCCCCGAGACGGCUCGGCAGGCGAGACAAAUCGUGA